UUUUAUCUUUUCAUUCAGUGGAAUAGAAGAUGAACUCAACUGAAUUCAGUGAAGAUGUAGAAGAAGUUCUAAAAAAUAACAUUGUGAAAGUGGAGACAGAGGCUGAAGAUGGUGCCCUGGACUGCUCGGUGAAUUCCAGACCUGAGAAGCACCCUCUGGACAGUGUCUUCACUGCCCUCCAGGACUCCAGCAAACGAAAGCAGCCUGGCAGCGACAGCCAGGUAGACCCCGUCUCCAGCGUGAAGAGGAAGCGGCUGAUACCUGAGGCACUCCUAGCAGGCAUGAGGAACCGCGAGAACAGCUCACCCUGCCAGGGCAAUGGAGAGCCAGCCAGCAGGGCCAGGAACUCCGGCUCCAUGUGGCCAGGCGAGGAGGAACCCUGCAACGACACCACCACGGCUUCCUACAAGAAGCCCCUCUACAGCAUCUCACACAAGAUCAUGGAGAAGAAGAACCCUCCCGCAGGUGACCUGCUCAACACCUAUGAGCUCUUAGAGAAGACAAACGCCAGCAGCAGCCCCUCGCCACUGCGGCUCCUGAACGAGCCACAGAAGCGAGACUGCAGCAGCUCUGGGACCACAGACGGCGACCCCAACAUCUACUUCCUGAUCCAGAAGAUGUUCUACAUGCUCAACACACUCACAUCCAACAUGUCCCAGCUGCACAGCAAGGUGGACUUGCUGUCUUUGGAGGUGAGCCGCAUCAAGAAGCAGGUAAGCCCCUCGGAGAUGGUGGCCAAGUUCCAGCCACCGCCUGAGUAUCAGCUCACGGCCGCCGAGCUCAAGCAGAUAGUGGACCAGAGCCUGUCAGGCGGUGACCUGGCCUGCCGCCUGCUGGUGCAGCUCUUCCCCGAACUCUUUAGCGACGUGGACUUCUCCCGGGGCUGCAGCGCCUGCGGUUUCGCAGCCAAGCGGAAGCUGGAGUCCCUGCACCUGCAGCUCAUCCGCAACUACGUGGAGGUCUACUACCCCUCGGUGAAGGACACGGCUGUGUGGCAGGCUGAGUGCUUGCCGCAGCUCAAUGACUUCUUCAGCCGCUUCUGGGCUCAGCGGGAGAUGGAGGACAGCCAGCCGGGGGGCCAGGUCCCCAGCUUCUUUGAGGCUGAGCCAGUGGACACUGGCCACUUCCUGGACAACAAAGACCAAGAAGAGGCCCUAUCUCUGGACCGGAGCAGCACCAUUGCCUCAGACCACGUGGUGGAUACGCAGGACCUCACUGAAUUCCUGGAUGAAGCCUCUUCACCUGGGGAGUUUGCCGUUUUCCUCCUCCACCGCCUCUUCCCUGAGCUCUUCGACCACAGGAAGCUGGGCGAGCAGUACAGCUGCUACGGGGACGGCAGCAAGCAGGAGCUGGACCCGCAGAGGCUGCAGAUCAUCCGCAACUACACAGAAAUCUACUUCCCCGACAUGCAGGAGGAGGAGGCCUGGCUGCAGCAGUGCGCCCAGCGCCUCAACGACGAGCUGGAGGGCCUGGGGCUGGACGCGGGCAGCGAGGGCGAGCCGCCCCGCGACGACUGCUACGACUCCUCCAGCCUGCCCGAUGACAUCUCGGUGGUCAAGGUAGAAGACAGCUUUGAGGGGGAGCGGCCCGGCCGGCGCUCCAAGAAGAUCUGGCUAGUGCCCAUUGACUUUGACAAGCUGGAGAUCCCGCAGCCCGACUUCGAGGUGCCAGGGGCCGACUGCCUGCUCAGCAAGGAGCAGCUGCGCAGCAUCUACGAGAGCAGCCUGUCCAUCGGCAACUUUGCCUCCCGCCUGCUGGUGCACCUCUUCCCCGAGCUCUUCACUCACGAGAACCUGCGCAAACAGUACAACUGCAGCGGCUCCCUGGGCAAGAAGCAGCUGGACCCAGCCCGCAUUAAGCUGAUCCGCCACUACGUGCAGCUGCUCUACCCCCGGGCCAAAAACGACCGUGUCUGGACUCUCGAGUUCGUGGGCAAACUGGACGAGCGCUGCCGGCGCCGGGACACGGAGCAGAGGCGCUCCUACCAGCAGCAGCGCAAGGUCCACGUGCCAGGCCCGGAGUGCAGAGACCUGGCAAGCUAUGCAGUCAAUCCCGAGAGGUUCCGAGAGGAGUUUGAGGGGCCUCCCCUACCCCCUGAAAGGAGCAGCAAGGACUUCUGCAAGAUCCCCCUGGACGAGCUGGUGGUGCCCUCGCCCGACUUCCCGGUGCCUUCCCCCUACCUGCUGUCAGACAAGGAGGUGCGCGAGAUCGUGCAGCAGAGCCUCUCCGUGGGCAACUUCGCCGCCCGCCUCCUCGUCAGGCUCUUCCCCGAACUCUUCACCCCCGAGAACCUCCGGCUGCAGUACAACCACUCUGGGGCUUGCAACAAGAAGCAGCUGGACCCCACGCGGCUGAGGCUCAUCCGCCACUACGUGGAGGCCGUCUACCCCGUGGAGAAGAUGGAGGAGGUGUGGCACUACGAAUGUAUCCCCAGCAUCGACGAGAGAUGUCGCCGUCCCAACAGGAAGAAAUGCGACAUCCUCAAGAAAGCCAAGAAAGUGGAGAAGUGACAGGCCCGUGGGCCGCCCAGAGACUUGUGGCCACCAGAGGUUGCACAGUGGGCACCCAGCCGUGGAUGGUCUCCACUGACGGGCACCUUCUGUCAGUGGGGAGUGGCUCACUACAUUUGCACACGUAAACCCCCACCCAGCCACGAGAAAGAAGCCUUGAGUUUGGUCUCUUGUACUCAUGACUUUUGUCCUGUGUUCCCUGGCAGGGUAGCGAGUCUGGGCAGAG